AGAUUAGCACCACAUUCGUGUUCGCAGUCGGUUCUAACGAGGUACUAAGCAACCAGCAACAACAGCAAAUACUCGAAAUGGCUCUCCGGUUUGUAGUUCUAGCCGCGUUCAUCGCCACUGCCAGUGCUGUUGCCAUCGGAUAUCCGGCGGCGUACCCAGCGAUUGCAAAGGUGGCCGCACCGAUUGGCGAUUAUGAUCCCAAUCCCCAUUACAGCUACAGCUAUGCCGUUGCAGAUGCUGUGACCGGAGACAACAAGAGCCAACAGGAAUCACGGUCCGGAGAUGUUGUCACUGGAUCGUACGCUCUGAUCGAACCCGACGGUACCCAGCGCGUCGUCGAGUACACCGCCGAUCCCGUCAACGGAUUCAACGCCGUCGUGCAUCGUGGUGCGGGUGUUGUGAAGGCCGUGGCUCCGGUUGCCAAGUUUGCUUCGCCGUAUGCGUAUCCUGCCGUCGCCAAGGUUGCCGCUCCGCUGGCUCAUCCGUACUACGGAUAA